ACAUGCGCCAAUACAAAAAGGUGCAGGAACUGGUGGUGUGUCAGUGUACAAAACUAGACAAAUUGAUUGUUAGAGCGUUAGAAAUGCAUCUGUAUUAUAUUAUCGGCAUAGUUUUUCUUUGAAUCUGUUAGGUAUAUCUCAGUAAAUGUUGUGAUAAAUGUGAUAAUGAUAGAAUAGAGUAGUUUUUCGUGAUUUACCAAUUCCCGAGUACCUGAUAUUUGCAGUGCGAAGAAUUAACAAAAUUAGGCCAGAAUUUAAUGAUUUACUAAGCUCAUAAUUUGUUUCAUUCCGGCGUUGAAAUGGACUCGCAGCAACAGCAGUUUUGUUUGAAAUGGAACAGUUUUGGAUCGAAUUUAGCCACGUCUUUUAGCAACUUAUUCAAGUCUGAAACUUUGGCGGAUGUCACGCUGUUUUGUGAUGGAGUAACGUUCAAAGCUCACAAACUGAUACUUGCGGCGUGUAGCAAACACCUCGCGGAUCUGUUCGAAACCGCCCCCCUGCACCAGAACCUCCUGGUGAUUCUGGAUAACACGUCAGCCACAAACAUGUCGGCCCUCUUAGAAUUCAUGUACAAGGGGGAAGUUCACGUUUCGCAGGAUUCCCUGUCUAGUUUUUUAAAGGCGGCGGAGUGUUUGCAGGUGAAGGGGUUGAGUAUCGAACACGAGAAACUUGCUGUUGCUCAGAGUCAUAAUAUAACGCCGAUGGACUCGGGAACGGAUUCGCCAGGAAAACAUAUUAAAGUACCAAAAGAAGAAAUCGACACACCAGUAUCCAACACCUCACACCACCAGUCCAGCCCGUCCCCCAGCUAUUCGCCAACGAUGUCCCCAUACAUGCACCCACAUCACUAUCGCCCAUACGAACCGAGGAUGGCCACUCCAGGAGCUCCCUACGGAGACAACGCCAUGAAGAGGCCUCUGCGCAGUCCAAGCGAUCUAAUGCAAGACAACAGAGUUUCAGUGCUUAGAGACGGAAGUAAAGCCGUAGGAAGACCCGGAUCUCCUGGCCAGAUGUGCGCCUACAGGCCGUCUUCUUCUUUAUCGAAUUUACCGAGUCAACCUGGAGGAGACAGUCCUCCGGAGAGCAGAUUCGACCCGGACCCUGCGACCGCUUUAAUAUGUCCAGAAAGCAAUACUUUAGAUAGGUUUCAGGAUCCGGGUUGUCCUGAGGAUUUAAGAAAGAAGAUGGAACCUGCAAUGCAACAAGAUGAAUCGCCCAGUAGUACAGCAGGAAACGGGAAUGGUAAUACAGGCAACAUGCUCAAUAAUAUAACAUCUGCCAAUGGUUCUAUCGGGUCUCAAACGAACUACAAUCAUGACAGGGAUAAAGAUCUUAUACAGGCGAACAUUUGGAGUACAGUCGCUGGAAAGAUGAAUUGCAAGGCUGGGACUGUGAACACAGCGGAUGGAAAAAAAUUGAAGUGUCCUUUUUGCGAGAGAUUGUACGGCUACGAGACAAACUUGAGGGCACACAUCCGACAAAGACAUCAAGGCAUACGGGUACCGUGUCCGUUCUGCUCGCGGACAUUCACGCGUAACAACACUGUGAGAAGGCAUAUAGCAAGAGAACACAAAACCGAGCUGAGUUUAAAGGCUUACCAGCAGAAUCAACAGCAGGCGGCACAGCAGCAACAGCAGGUUCAUAACCACAAUCCAUAAGUUUGGUUUAGUAAUAUGACAACUGCUUGAGAUCUGAUGUUAAAUAUUAUUUGGAGAGAAAGAUUUUUAGGGUCGUUGUCACCUGCGAGCAACUGCUGCUAUUGAUAUCUAACAGAUAAGUACUUUGUAUAGAAUAUUAAAGGAAUUUCAGGGUAACCGAUACUUUUAAGGAUGUUUAAAGGUGUUUAUAUUAUAAUAAUGCAAAGGUUUUAGAUACUUUGUUUCAACGAGAUAACAAAGCAACACAAGCUCGACCUACAUCUGGGUACCUUCAAUCACGAAAGUACACGUUCAGCUCAUAGAUUUACCUUUUCUGAGUAAUAACUACAAAAAACUCAUGUUUUCUUUUUUACAAUUUUUUUACCGUUAACCAAUGAUUAUGCAAUCAAUGGACUCUAAAAACUAAGAUAGAUGUAUCAAAUUCUAUUAAUCAGUAAAAUAGAAAUCCGAAAGUCCAUAUACGUCAUUUGUAAAUAAGAAAGUUACAUGUAUCAAAUGCUGUUGAUCAGUAAAAGAAAACUCCGAAAGUUCAUUUACGUCCAUUUUUGGAUAUAUUUAGCUUUCGACCCACUUUUUAGAGUCAUCUUUUAGAGUUAACAGAUGAUUAUGCGAAUAAUGUGAUCUAAAAAGUAAGAUACAUGUAUCAAAUGGUGAUAAAUCGGUGAAAUAAAACUUCGAAUGUCCGCAUCCGUCAUUUUUGAGUAUGUCUAGCUUUCGACUAAUUUUUUAGAGUCAUCUUCAGAACCUGAUCUUCGUUUGGAGCCUCUACGUACCAAGAAAUUUUUGACUAAUCAAUCUAAUUUGUCGAUUAGUACGUUUAAAUCAGAGGAAAGCUAUUGUAUCGAAUUACUUCUUCAAUUCAAGUCUUUUUAAGUUAGCUAUAACAUAAUCCAUUUAUUUGGUUUUAGAUCUAGACUUUCCUUUGACUGUAUCAGUCUUUUGGGGUCUUGUAUCUGCAGUAAUAUUCUACUACGAAAGUAGCUUUACUUUAAUGAUAUCAUUGGUUAAGUCUAGUGAACCAGGCCAAAAAUAGAAUAGUACCUGUUUGAGUAAUAAAUUUCUUUGUCUAAUAAUUGAAUGGUGGGCUACAACAAUGUUGUAAGCGACAGAAUCGAGAUUAUGCAGGAGAUGAAAAAAACACAUUGACAAGCCAUUUAUGAACAUACGGAUACCAACAUUGCGGUACGAAAAACUCAGGGAAGGCAAGAUAUUUUUAGCCAGAUUGAAAGAUGCUCGCAUUGGUCUUUGAAUAUACAAUAAUAUUGCAUUAAAACCUCACUUUGACCCAAUAUGUCGCUUACAACAUUGUUGUAGCCCACCAUUCAAUUAUAAAUCACUAUCAUUUUUAUUUGAUGUCUUUCUGUAUAAUUUUCAAUUUAGAAUCAUUUAGGGUAGUGUACAAAAAUCUUUGUGCAAAGAAAACUGUUCUGUUUUUUUGCCAACUCAAACAGGUAUAUCAAUGAUAUUUGAAAAAUUCAUAUUUUCGAAAUUUCUUUCAUAUGUUUGAGUCGGCCAAAAAAAUCAGAAGACGAUACAUAUGAAUGCAUAUAAUAUGUUUACAUAUAGAAGGACCCAUCACACAAAUUUAAUUCAAUUUUUGGUCUCAUUCAGUAAAAUAGUCCAGCAAUAUUACCAAAUAAAAGCUAAUUUCGUAAUAAGAGAUCAGUUGUCGUAGUAAUAAGACCAAAGGGCCAUUAUUACUUCUGUUAACAACACAUUUAAAUAAUUACACAAACAAAAAAAAUAAAUUUUUAAUAUUGUAUGAUAUCGUGCAAAACGAAAUAGAUGAAGAUUUUCAAAGAAGAAUCGUUUAGUGGUUCCCUUAAACCAAAAUAGAUGCCAAACAUUUGUUGGCUGCAUCCCUUAGAUAAAAAAACUGUCUCUGGUAAUUAUUAAUGAAGAUUUAAAAAAUAUUGAUACAUUUUGAAGAUUUAAAAGAUGCUGAUACAUUUCAAAAUUUAGAAUAUGUUUUAUCACAUCUAAACAAUUAGUAAGUCUCUAUUUUUUGUUUUAUUAAGUUGGUAGUCUGAAAUUCCUCCAAUAUCCAUACACUAUGAAUAAAUUCACUAAACUUAUAAGAAACGGUAAAAUCACGAAAAAGUCAAACUUGAAAAAAGGUGUAACCCGAAACUAUUUAAGAAAUAUGUCCAUUUUGUUAUUUCCUUCUCACAGUGUACAUAAUAUGUUAACGACCGUUUCAAGAUUUUUUUAUUUUGUUAUUUUUUAUUGUAGAUUUUUUGUUGUACUUAUUAUAUAUCAUUUAAAAUGGUUAUGUUUCCCAGUGGACGAGAUCGUUCAUUUUGUAAAUAGUCCAAGGAAAUAAGGGUUUUGUCGGGACACUUGACAAGCCAAGUUGCACAUGGCUUUUUUGGGUACUAUAUACCUACUACCAUGAUUUAAAAAAGAAUAGCUAGUCAACGCAAUGAAUACAUUUAUUUGAUUCUAAUUGAGACAGUCACCAAAUUUCUGCCAGGGUCGCAGUGUCACUCGUAACUACGCUAAAUCAAAAAAGCCUAGACAUAGAGUUGGAUACGACCCUAUUCAUAACACACCAACUCGCAUACAUAUUAAGAAAAAUAGAUAUAUGCAAGAAUAUAAUUUAGAAAUUGACUUAAUGAUGUCAUGCUACUAUACAUUAUACAUAUAAUAGCAUGAUACCCUGGCAGAAAUUGUGGUUACAUCUGGUGACUGCCUCAAUUAGAAUCAAACAAAUUUAUUCAUUGCGUUGACCAACUAUUCUUUUCUAAAUAAUGGUAUAAGGUGUAUAGUACACAAAAACGCCAUUUGAAACCUAGCUGAUUCUGUGUCCCGAACAUGGUAUAUUUUUGCCUUAUUUCCCUGGAGUAAAACUAAUGUUAAACCAAUUUUGCAGGAACUGCAAAGAAGCCCUUCGUGGCUAAAAACUGUCUACCUCAAUCUGUAACUUCUCUGCCUCAGAUUUUUAUCUUUAGUAUUUGCUAGUCAUUAGUGCAAAACAAUAAAAAUAGAGUUAAGUUUUUUAUGAAAUCAGGCGAAAGGACAAUUUUUUGGGUGUGAAUAUUUAUUCCUUAUUGUAUAUUUUGAACUUUUUAGACACAUUUACAAUAGUGAAACUAGCUCAGGAUUUUUAAGUAUUCAGUUGUAACGGCUCUUACACCAUAGCCAAUAUCUCUACGUUAUUAGAAGCUGCAAAUGUUGCAAAACAACAUAAAAAAUUGAUAAAAACUACCAAAAAACUGAUUGAGUAUUUGCAAGUUGUGCUUUGCAAGUAAAUGUCUUGUUUUUCAGGUCGUUAGUAAAUAAUUUAGAGUCGCGAUUAACUCAACGGCAAUCUAAUAAAUAAAUCAAGGCUCAUUUUUGGCCCAAGGGCUAUUAAAAUAUCAAUUUAAAGCCCAGUUUGACUUGAGGAUCCCUUAAAAAUUAAGCAAGUGACCCAUUUGGCUUAUGGGUCUUUAAAAAUAUCAAUUUAAGGCAGUAUUUGAUUGAAGACCUCUUAAAAAUUAAGCAAAUAUUUAUCAGUUAUUAAAAAAAUCAAUUUAGUUCACGUUUGACUUAUGGGUCGGUUAAAAAUAGAGUAAAAGUCAAGUUUGUUUUAGAAAAUAUGACUCUUGACUUAGGGAUCCAUAAAAAAUAAAUUUUAAUGUCGCGUUUGACUUGAGGGUCCCUUAAAGGUCGCAGCAUAUUAUCAUGCACGUAGCGUUUCCAGCACGUAGCGUAGUCUCCGAAAAACCUGAUUUUACUGAAAGUAGUGAAAGUAGCAAGUGACCUAUUUGGCUUAUGGGUUGUUAAAAAUAUCAAUUUAAGGCCGUAUUUGGCUUACGGGUCUCUUAAAAACUAAACAAGUGUCCCUUUUGGCUUAUGAGUUAAUGAAAAAUCAAUUUAAGCUCGUGUUUGACGUGCGGGUCGCUUAAAAAUAAAGUAAAAGUCGAGUUUGGUUUAUGGGCUGUUAGAAAAUAAUAUGACCUUUGACUGGGGGGUCCAUAAAAAGGUCGCAUUUGACUUAAGGGUCGCUUUAAAGUUCAGAAAAAGUCCCAUUUGGUUCACGGGUCAUUAAAAAAAUCAGUUUACCUCGCGUUUUAAUUUAAAAGCCACUAAAACAUGAAGUAAGAACUCAAUGUGGCUUCCAGACCAAAUAGAAAAUUAAUUAGCAAGUUUCGUUUGCCUUGCAAAACGUUAAAAAAUCAAUUUUAGUCGCCAUUUGCUUGAGGGCAAUUGAAUCAAAGCUUAUUGGUUCACGGGCUAUUAAAAAUAUCAAUUUAAGGUCACCUUUGACUUGCGGGUUCCUUAAAAAUAGAGUACUGUUGGGUAUGGUUUACGGACCAUUAGAAAAUUUGACCUUUGACUUACGCGUCGAUAGAAAAUCAACUUAAGGUCGCAUUUGACUUGCGGGCCGCUUAAAAAUCAAGUAAACGUCACGGGCAACUGACACAUAGCUGAAAAAUCAAUCGCCUUUGUACUUGCAGUUUGCGUACAAAUCAAAUAAAUGUAGCUUUAAGCUUGGGAGCCAUUACAAAAUCAAGUAAAUCAAAUUAAAAUCAAUUAAAUGUCAUAUGUGGCUUGUAUGGCACCUCAAAAUCAAACAUGAAGAAUAGAGUAAGAGCGUUCUUAGUUAGCGUUAUUUAAAGAGAUAUUGGUAAUGUUGUUUAAGCCGUUACUCUUUAGCUCAAAUAGUUUUCCAUUUCUAUUAUUUACAUUGUUUACGUUGAAGGAAUUUGUUAGAACUUGUCAAGUAUUUCAAACCGUUUUUGUUGAAGGUGUAAACGUGAUAUACUUUCAUAGCAAAUACUAAGUUCUUAAAAAUGCCGUCAACAGAUCAGGUCAGCCGAAGUCGAUAUUAAGUAUAUAGUACAUACUAGUCAUUAUUACAAGAAAAUAGAUUCAAAUAUAUGAUAAUAGUAAUAAUAAACUACCUCAUAAUGCAGUAUUUUAUACUACAUAAUAUACAAAAUACGGGUUUUCUUAUAUAUACCAAUAUACCUAUGUAUACAUAUCGUACAAUUGCGACAAAAGGGACGCAAUUCAAAAAAAUAAUUUUAUUGGGGUAUACUCUGUGGUGUCCCGAAAAGCACCUAAGUACUUAACCUCAGGUCUACAAAAGAAAACGAAAAUUUUAGAAAAGUCACACGGGGCCAAAUCUGGAGAAUAUGAUGGACGGGGCAAGAGUCCGUAGCCCAAUUUAACCAAUUUGGCCAUGACGAAUUUUAAAUCAUUCAAGAGACUAUUAAUUCAAAUACCAUUGAUUUUUGAGUUGUAGCUGCUUUGGUCGCAAGAGUACGAUAUAUAAGUUACACAUCUACCUCAUAUUAAACAUGACACUAAUUUAUUUUUUAUAGAUAAGAAAUUGUUCACUAAAUAUGUUCGUAAUAGUUACAUAACAUGUUGUCUCAUCUUUAAUAAUAGUUAAGAGAAAUAGUACAAAUCAUAAUUCUCAGGUAAUAAAGGUUAUUUAUUUCAAUAGAGUGCAUAUAUUUUUUACUACAUAUGUUGCUUCCGAACAGUCAGAAAAAGGCAUACAAACUAAUCUAUUUAAAAAAUUUGCUCUUCGAGUAUUUGGUGAAUCUAGCUGGCCGCGUGAAUUGCACUGAAUCAGGCAAACGAUAUAUAGUUGAAUCAUACCCGUAAAUUUUUUUAAUUUGCUCCGCGAUUUUGUUGAGAAUAUCCUGCAGCGCAAUUUUGUUGAUUGUUACUCGCAGUAUCCAAACAGUCUUUCCGUUGAAUCCGGUACCAGACUUGUUUCCUAAGCUUCACGAUGGUGGUGAAUCUGAUCCAUAACUUUGUUGAAUCGGACAGGCGUGAAUAUUGAAUCCGUUUUUGUUGAAUCUGACACGCGAUAGUGCUGAAUCCGAGAGGCGAUGUGGUUGAAUCAGCUCCACAACGGUACUGUAUCCUCAGUUGAAUCUAAGUUGAUUUUUAAGUGUGAGUCCCUAUGCUGAAAAUCGUGCCCCUCCCCCAUAUACCUUUUUUUUAAUUUUAAAUUCAAAAUAUAUUUGUUAAGAACAGUAAAUUUUUGAAGAGAGUUACGUUUGUUUUUAUAUUGAAUUAAUGCUUGAUCAUAAGAAAAAUAUUGGUGGUCACAAUCAAAUACAAAAAAAAUCAUUAAAAUUCAGAUUCGUAUUAAAAAGUUGUUAUAACAAUACAAUAAUCGUUGGGAGGUAAAGUUCGUAGGCUACCAUAUAAAAAAUGGUUUUUUUAAUAAAAUUUGAUUUCAUUAUUCAAUCUAGUUACCUUUGAGGGCGAUACAACGAUUAUAGUGGUCAUAUAACUGUUCAAUACCAUUUUUAUACUACAAUUUGUCUUUAGCCUCAAAAUAUGCCUCAGUUUCGGCGAUUACCUCUUCAUUGGUGCUAAAUUUCUUUCCAGCGAGCAUUCUCUUAAGGUCAGCGAUCAUGUGGUAGUCACUGGGAGCCAUAUCUGGUGAAUACGGUGGCUGCGGAAGCAAUUCGAACCCCAAUUCAUGAAACUUUGCUAUCGUUUUGAUUGAUUUGUAACACGGUGCGUUGUCUUGAUGAACUAGCAUUUUUUCUUCUUCAAAUGGGGCCGUUUUUUUGUCAUUUCGGCCUUAAUAAUCGCUGUUAAUGGUUUUUCGCUUUUCAAGAAAGACGAUAAAUAUUAUACCAUACGGAUUCCAAAAAACUGAUGCCAUAACCUUGCCAGCCGACUGUUGCGUAUUUCCACGAUCUGAAGUCGAUUCAUCACGUGCAGUCCACUCGACAGACUGGCGAUUGGACUCUGGUGAGAAAUGACGGAGCCAUGUUUCAUCCAUUGUAACAUAUCGACGCAAAAUUCGGUUUUAUUACGAUUGAACAGCUUCAAACACUUCUCAGAAUCAUCAAUUCGUUGUUGUUUCGCAUACAGAGCUGUCGCAUACCCAAAUAUUCAUGCACAAUAUAUCCAUCACGUUCCUUUGAUAUCUUUAGAGUCUCUAACUAUAUAGAAGAACUCGAUUUUAUGGGCAUCCAGACUUAUUUUGUGGACUUUUUUGAUGUUUUCGUCGGUAACAGCCUCUUUGGGACGUCCUUUUUGUCCAUUUUCUUUAAACUUACACAGGUUGCUUCACUCAAAAUGAUAUAUCUCAUAAACUAAUAGUUAGACAGCUGUCAAAUUUAUACACGCAUCCUUUGAAGGUUAAAAUCAUGGAUUUAAUACCAGUAGUGCCAUCUAUGUGUCAGCCUACGAACUUUUCAUCCCACAUGUUACAAUACCAUUCGUAAAUACGUCAUUAUUUUAUUGAACAAAACAAUAUAUCUAAUUAAUUAUAAUCUUUACAUACUUAAAUCCGGGAAAAAUGUCGGUAGUUCAGAUUUCUUUCCCAGAUGGCGCUAGGAGUUAUCAUCCUGGACAAACAGCGUUUUCGCUUGACGUGUCAUCUUAGGCUUUUAUCAGAUUAGAUGAGUGUGUUGCAAAAAUAGAUUAGUUUGUUAUGUCAUCCACUGCCAAGACAGAAUCAGAAUGUUCAACUUAACUCAGGGAUUUUAAGUUAUUUAUAUCAGAAUUUACACCUUUCACUUUGUUAAACCAGUAUUUUUGAAACUAUAUGGUGACCUUUUUGGGAAGACUUAUUUUUUAUUUUACAGGAAUUUCAAGUUUUUCGUUAUUAUGAAUUAAAACAAUUGUUUAUAAUCAAUCUAUAGAGGGAUGCUCAAUUAUAGAUGUAUAUAUUUUGUUGUUUGUUUAUUAACGAAGAUUACCAUAUGGUUUCAUUACACAGGUACUUUACACAUAUUUUACAGAACUCAUUGUUUAGUUUUAAGGAGUAUAAAUGUGAACAUACUUGAUCUUGCAAUCCAUUCAAGAGUUUAUUGUAAUUAUAUUUAUUUCAUGGGUGAUAUUUCUUCUUUGCAUUGCAAGAUCGAUAGACUACGAAUAAUUUAUAAAUAUAGAUGAUACAAUAUAACGGGUAAUUUUGUUAUUUAUCUUUAAGAUAUACAGAUAUGUAUAUUCUGAGGCAUCAGGGUUCGAUGUUUUUGAAAAAAUUAGGUUAUAAAAAAUUUUCUUUUUAAUGCUUUUAGGUUAAGUUUCAGCGAACAUGGGUACUUUAAAUUAAAUUGACGAAUAUUUUCGAUUUUUGUGAAAUAAUGAGACAGGGCUCGACAAUGUUUUAGCUGGUACGUGAAAGAACGUAAAACUAUUGACACAAAAUCCUUUUUCACUUUCGUUCACCAUAAAUCAAAGACAUUGAUGCAUUUUUCAUGAAAAUCUUGAUGUGGAAAUCAUAAACUAUCAGGAUUUGAGUGUUAUACCGUAUAAUUUCAAACAUGAUCUUAAAUUUUCGCUAUUAUUACUGUAUCAUCGACAUAUCUGACUUCGCAAACUUCUCCUUAUUCCAGUGAGCUCACAGGUUGAAUUAAUUGGUUGAAAAUUCAUGAAAAAUGCAUUAAUUGUCUCGGUAGUUUCUAAAUUCUUCUAUUUUGGGAUAAUUUUUACCAUUCUUAGGAUAAAAUUUGUAGGUAAAAUGUUCGACUGUCAUAAAGUCGACAUGUGCUAUUAGUGUGACCCUCUUAUAAGCCAAAAUGUUAAAAGUUUGUGUAUUUUGAGUAAUAAUCCCUUAAUUCCUGCCAAUAUUUAAAUAAAAUCUAUUACCUUCAAAGGUGCAAGCAAAAAAGAUCAUUUUAUGUUAUAAACAUGAAUGAGCAUUUCAAAAAUGUGUCACAAGAUAUAUUUAUUUAUAGUUAAACUAGAAAAAACUCAAAAUUUUUAAUAUUAUGCAAUUUUUGGCAUUACGCAUUGAAAAAUAUCAUGAAGCAAGAUAAAUAGUUCUAGAAUAAUAUUCUAGAAAAUAUACGCAAAAUUUAGGUGCAGAAAUCUUCAUAGCAAUAUAUAAUGUUUUGAAAACCAUCCUUUAAGUCUCAAAAAAUAUACAUUUGACUUUUAUAAGUCAAAUGCCCAAUCAAUAUCGUCAAUCAGCCAUGUAAAAAUAUUUAUUUCUCGUUAUUGCCUCUUCUAAGAUUCUCUAUUCGUAGUAACAUUCCUCAUAUUGUUAAUACACAACCAAACUUUUUCCGUUUCAUUCUAAACAAUACAAUUUCUGUGCUAGGAAAUCUUUCUUCAUUCUGCUAGUUCUUCUUAGCUUUCCCUCCUUACGAAAAUUUUUUGAGAGAUUUUUUGCUUCCUUGAUAUCCUUUUUCCCUCCUCAUGCUCCUAGAUUCCAUUAUAGGAACUCCUUUUCAGGCUCUCUAUUCCCCCAUCAACUAUUAACCUGUUCCUCCUCCUAAUGCUCUCUAUCCUGCCCUUAUCACACUUGUAGUACUCCUUCUCACGCACUCCAUACGCAUCUUACCCCUUCCUUACCUAUUGGUACCCUUCAGUCUAACCUUCUCCUUUUGUUCGUCCUCCUAGUAUUCUCUCCCUUCUCCAAUUUUCUUUUCCAACAUAAGUAACAUUGGAACAUAAUAAAAUCCAAGAUCUUCUUUCAUGGUCAUGGUCCAUGUACCCCGUCUUCAUCACGGUCUUAGUGUUGAUCACUCGUGGUAUUCCUUCCCAUGUUAUCCAUGUUCCCAACCUAUUCCUCGUUCUUAUAUUUACUUUCUUCUUUUUUUUUGUGCUUUUUGCAUACUAUUCCUCCAUUACUUCGUUUCCAAUAUAUAGAACCAAUACAGAACAUAAAAUCCAAAACGAGUUUCUUGAUGAUGUGAAAUGUUUUUCUAGAUGUUGGGUUUAAUGUUUUCUGUUAUAUAUUUCAUUCUAUUUGUGCUCCUCCUCAUGAUCUUUGUUUUCAGCCUCUUCCAUAUUUCUUUAUUUCUUUUCAUGCUCUUCAUAUCCCUUUUUAACAUACAGAAGAUAUUCCUGGUACUCCUUUUCACGUUCUCAAUUCUGACUCUUGCCCUUCGCAACCUCUUACAUUUAUUCGUUGACCUUGCAUGAUUUUUGUCCUCCUAAUUCCUUUUUUACUACGUUGACGGACAGUGCGUCAAAUGUAUAAGCAAGUGUUGUGACACUAUAUGUAUUUUGAAAAGUAGAAUAAGGAAAAAUCAACGUCUAUAGACGUUGUAUCACAUUACAUCAAUGGAAAUUAGACGUCUAUAGACGUUCUGUCCGUCAACGUGUUAAUAUACAGGAGAAAACGUAGAAGAUUUUUUUGACGAUGUUAUAUAUUGAUGUAAUAUCAGACGAAAAGGAUGGCAUAUCAAAUGUUAAAUUAAAAACAGAAUCUCUUUUCAUAUUAAAGUACAAAUCGAUUUUGCAAAAUCCACCCCAUCAUUAUUCAAAUGCUCAUUUCGUAUCCUAUAUAGUUGUUUGUUGACCAAUUUAAUGUUAGAAUGCUAUAUUUGACUUCACUAUGUAUGAAAACCUAAGCACCAUGUCGUGUGUAUCACCAAAAUGUUUCUGAGACCGUUUUUGAUGUAUGAAUUUGGGUCUACCCAGCAUGUAUAAAAAUUCGUGACAAGACAUCUCGUAACGCGACAGUUCGUAACUCCACAAAUUCGUAACGGCGUCAGUCCGUAACGGCGACAGUUUGUAACAGUGACCAUUUGUAAUGGUAUAAUUACAUCAAAAUUGAAUUAUUUAAUUUUGACGUUAAUACAUAAAUACAUUAUUAGUAAACUGUUUUUAUUUGUUUCAUUAUUUUUUAUAAUUGGUUUUACUACUUUAAAGUGAUAAUUCGAGACACAAAUUUUUAAAAAUUCUUUAGUUGUCAUAUUAACAAGAACAUAAUAUGCAAAAGAUAUGUGUGAAAUAUAUUUAAAAAGAAGUGGUCUUAAAAAAGGUACCAUUUUAGUAUACGAAUGUAUGCAAAAUGUGUUUUUGUAUAAAUUCAGUACUACUACAUUUGCUAAAAGAAUUGUUGUCGCCGUUACUAAUUAUACCGCUACGAAUUGAUGGCGUUACGAAUUUUUUCCGUCACGAUUUGUGGGGUUACGACCUGUCGCUUUACGAGAUGUCAUGGAACCAUAAAAAAACCUAGUUGGUAAAGCAAAUGUACAUAAAACAAUGGUAGAAAAAAUCAUUUUAUGGCUGUGGCUGAUGAAAAUUAGAUUUUUGUAUUAACAAAAUGAUCGGAAACGUCUAAAAAGUGACUGGUCCCUAAAUUUAAGCGGUAAGUAAAGAAAAUUAGGGAAGGAGUAAUGUUUUUCGUUUUGAUUUUUCCAAUGGAAGUAGAUAAAUACUCGUAAGUGGGGUUUAUCUGCUACUUUACAUUGAAGUUAGUCAUUUUUUUUUUGAGGACUUAGCUGUAAUUAAGCCAAUUUUGUAAAUGAAGAGUCCUUUUUUAAUGUAAAUUGUUGUUAAUGAUAGCAAAGAGUUAGAGAUAAUGGAUUUUUUUGUGAAUUAUGGCAUCUGUAGGUUUGAGUAUGCGCGUUAGAGUUUCUUUGAGACACUUUACAUUUGGUUUUUAUUCGAUUUUCGUCUCUCCUCCAUUUCCUUGUUUGGUCCUCCUCAUUGUGCCCCUCUUUUUGUCUGCCUUUCCACCAAUUUCAUUUCCUUCUCCUUUACCCAAUCCUUUCUGCUCAGCUGCUUCUAAUUCGUACCAAUCAUAAGCAGAUUUUGCACAGCAAGGAAAUCAUCUACAUCUUUUAAUGUUGAUUUUAGUAUUACUCUUAAAAUAAUUCAUCAUCACGUUGCGUUACAACCCUGGGUGGGUCUUGGCCGACUGUACAACUUUUUUCCAAUUUUUUCGGUCUUCCAUCAACCUAGGGUCAAAUGGAAUGUUCACUUUCCGGAGAUCUGCUUGGAUCUUAUCUCUCCAUCGCAUUCAGGGAGGUCCGAGUGGUCUUUUGUCUGUAGGAAUCUCCUCCCAUACAAGUCUUACAAGUCUCUCGUUAUGAAGUCUGUGCACGUGGACUGCCCAUCUUAGCCGUUGUCCAAAUUCUUGGACAAUAUCUGCUUCAUUGUAGAGUGCUUUUAAUUCGAAAUUGGUUUUUAUCCUAUAUGGUUUGUGGUGAUUGAUAUCGUGGUAAGAUCCGAAAUUUUUCUCAGUAUUUUUCGUUCAAAACGUCUGAGCUUUUCUUCGUUUGCUUUGGUCAUGGUCCAAGUUUCGCAUCUAUGUGUUAGUACAGGUCUGACGAUGGAUUUAUAGAUUUUGAUCUUGGAACUUCUUGUAAGAUUUUUUGAUUUUAUAAGCUUAUCCAGUGCGAAUAGACAGCGAUUUGCCGAUUGGAUUCCUUCUUUUAUUUCUUCAGUAACAUCAUUGUCAGUUGUGAUUACGGCCCCAGAUACUUAAAACGUUCUUUCAAAAUUGAAGGUGUUGACCGCCACAUUUUGUCCUAUCCUGCCUCUUUGUGUCGUUCUAUUUAUACACAUAUAUUUCGUCUUCUCUUCAAUAAACAUCUGCCCUACUUAACUUGUCGCUCCUUCCACCUUGUUGAAGCCCUCCCUUUUCUAGAAGCUGUCUCAGCGUGAAUAGUUGAUCUAUUUGCCCUAAAACCGGCUUGAUAUUCUCCUAGGACAUUUUCAGCGUAAGGGGUUAGUCUACUAAGAAUGAAGUUUGACAGGAUUUUAUAUGCCGCAUUUAGGAGUGAAAUUCCUCUAUAAUUCGCGCAUUUUUGUGGAUGGGCACUAUGAUGUUUUCCUUCCAUCUUGCUGGUAUUCUUUCUUCUAACCAUAUAUGCGUUAUUAACUGGUGGAUUUGGCGACGUACUGCGUCUCCCCCAUAUUUCAGAAAAUCUGCUGGUAUCUCGUAUGUACCCAGCGCUUAAAAUAAUUGGUACAAUUUUAAAAAUUACUUCCACAUUAUAUUUCUACAGUCAUGUAUGAUGUGCAAUAUACAUUAGAGGUAAAGAAAAACGGUUAUUCACUUUACUUAUUUAAUGUAUCGACGUUCACUCGUGACUGCUUGAAAAAAAUGACAUAUUCUCCUAACAAAACUCUCCCUAAUGAUGCCAUAGUUCGCACCAACACCCAUUAUCUCUAUUAUUUACAAUAUAAAAUGCUUUACCAACAAAACCAUCUGUAAAUAUAGGCGCUCGAAUAAUGUUGGAAACUAAUUAUUGCCUGUUAUAUUCGUGUAUGAUUCACUAACUGUUGAAAAAGUCAGUACAAAUACAAAAUCUACCUCAUUAAAGUUAAGGUCAAGCGAUGUGCUUUACAUUAACUAGUACAAAAUAUUAUAAUAAACAUAGUUUUUGUAUCUUGUAUAAUAAAAUAUACCUACUAGCUUAAUUAGGUGUGUAUAUGACUCAGGAAUUUCAAGUACAAAACAAAAAAACAUUCAGGGAAUCUCGUUUCAUAUAUGAUAAGAGCAAAACAACCGUCGUCGUACGUCACAGAUUCAGUGACGUCACGCUGCGCUGUUGCCAAGCCAAAAAUAAAUCAAAUCUAGAUUAUUUAAAUGUAAACACAAUGUAUGUAUUCACAAUGUAUGUAUAUACACAAUCUCUCAUUUUCUAGAAUAUAUUGUUGAAAUUCAGAAAAGCGAUAGAUCAGCGAAGUUUUCAGCACUUUUAAUAUAAAUUAUUAAUAUAUAAUGCAAAUAAAACGACAAACUUGAAAAUGCAAAUAAAAUGAAAAGUCCUAUCAUAUCCACUCUAAGAUACAAUUAUUAAUUAAUUAAAUUCACUUUUUGGGGCCACUUAAGAAUGCAGAAUUUAGGUUAUGUGACUUAUUUCUGCUUUGUUAUAAUAGAAAUCCAAUUCUCUCUUUGCAUUAAUUUGUGCUUACAAUUUGGAAGCUAAUAGAACUUAAAUUUAUCAUUUCUUGUCGUAUUUUUACAACUUAUAAGACAGCAUUUGCGAAAUCUCAUUUUCUUCGGUUUUACUUAUGCAAUGUGCUAAAAAAUGCACGAUAUCCCUUCCAAGUACUUGCACACAGCGAAUAGCUAUAUUUUUUGGAGCUUUAGCAAUUUUUAAAAAGAUAUGUUACUUAAACAAUAUUUUACUAUGAUUUUCUUGAAGUAAUUACUGAAUUAAGUCAGUAAUAUAUCAAAAUGGUACUGAUAAGCACUUAUUUGAGAGAAAUAUAUCCCUACUGCUGAAUUUUCUGAUCAAAAAGUUUAUUUGUACUCAAUUGUCUCUUCCUUUCUUACACAUAAAAUCAUAAAACCCAGUGUGCAGUUUUAUCACAUGUACCACGCAAUAUUUAUCCAUUUUAACACCAUAGGUUUCGCUUUACAAUAUUUAUUAUAUUUUCCACAUAUUUUAUGUGGCAGUUCUGGUUUUACAACUGUUUUUUCGUAGAAUUACUGCCAGAAUGAAAAUCUGGCAACACGUGGAAAUGUGACGUGCGACUGUGUUUGUUUUGCGUUUCCUAUAUAUGGUUGUUACUAUAUAAAUAUAUUGCAAAAUUUACUAUGUGCAUAUAUAAGAACAAAUGUACUUUUUUCAUUGUUUAUAAAUGUUUGGGUACCUUUCUGAAGACAAAAACAAAAAUCAUCCGUUUGGUUUUUAGAAUUUUUUAGAUAUUUCUUGAAAGCAAAAUUUGGCGUUUUGGAAGUUGAAAACGCAAAACAAAGCACAUCGCACAUAUCUUAUGGAGAAUGUAAUGUCCAAAUGCAAUAAAAUUUACAAACAAGUUCGUCCCGAAAUUAAUAUUAUUUCAUAUCAUUGCGCCAACUCAGAAUUUUUAUUAAUAACGGCAUACAUUGUAAAAGUCCAUAGAACUGUCAUUCAUAAAUACUAGUAGUUUAGUCGCUAUUGAAAAUAGCUAACCCAGCGUGAGCUAUGGAUUAAACGAACUAGGUAUAUACUUUGGUACGACUGACCAAAUUAUAUCUACUUUAUCAUCUAUAAGAUAAGAGUAAGCCACUGCCUUAAUAACCUGCAGAAAUAUGUAUGAAGUGCCGUUUCACAAAAUACCUUUUUUCUCUCUAGCUCACCUACAUACCUAUUUGCUUUUAGCACUCAGAGUUGGUGCAAUGAUAUGAAAUGAUUAUAACUUCGAGACGAAUCUAUUCAUGUAAAUUUUAUUGGAUUUGAGUGACACAUUUUUCAUAAGAUGUGUGCGUUGUCCUUUGUCGAUUGUUGUCAAAGAGAUAUUUAAAAUAUCCGAAAAACCACAAAGCAGCCAGCUUUAGAACCAGAUUUACGUCCUAUAGACGUAUCUAGUUGAUAUUUUUGUCUUUGUCUCGGUACCUACUAUGACUGUGAGUACACUAUUUAUGUAACAAUUUUGCAAUUUACGUGUUUUUAGAUUUUUAACGUUACAUUGUCACCCUGUUGGAAGAUAUGAGUAUUAAGAAUUCAUUCACGAUAUAUAAUGUAGUGUUGUACAGUACACCAACACGAAUUAUUCCACUCCUUUGCUGGGAGUAUAAAAACUUGUGUAAAUAAAGUAAUUUAAAUGCAAGUAAUACAUGUAUUCAUGUUUCUGUUUUACUUAUUAAUUUUAAUAAACAAUUUGUCGUUACAA